CGUCAGUUGCGGCAGGUCACGAGGAACGGCUCUCAAGAUGGCCUACAUUAUACUACUUCGUUCUUAUCGUUGACCAGAAAGAAAGAAAAAGAGAAAAGGAGAAAAAGAAGGACGGAGAAAGGGACGGAAACAGUAACACACAGAGAGAAAGAGAGACAGAGACAGAGAGAGAGAGAGAGAGAGAGAGAGAGAAAGAAAGAGGAAGAAACAAAGAGAGAGAGAGAGAGAGAGAGAGAGAGAGAGAGAAAGAAAUCUUAUCGAUCAGAAGAAUCGAUUCUUCAGCUUUUCGCAAAGUUCGAUUCUCGAAAAGAGAAAUGGGCCAAGCUUGGUGCAAAGAAAAGACCUCAAAGGCUCAGGAUUCGAAAUCCCCUUUGGAUAGAGUCUUCGUUCGAUGUGCUCAUCGGAUUUAUCCAAGCUUAAAAGAAGAGGGUUCCGUGCUCGGUGGUGCCACUCAAAGAGUAACGAGCUCCGAGAUUGGAUAUGCUGGUUCACCACCCAGAGAUGUCCUCACAAGGGGCAGAAGCAUCGACUCAGUCGACAGACCCUUUCAACCAAGCGAUUGGGUGGACGUCAACUUGGAGGUACCCAGUACACCGAGAGCUAACUCGGUUCUCACCAACUUGACCAUCGACACGAAUCUUUACCCACCUACGACUACUCCCACGUCUAUUCGUUCGAAUAAUUUGAAAGACGUGACACCGGUGCCACCGCCAAGACGAAAGAAGCGAAACAGAGGUAGACCAUUGCCACCAAAACCAGACGAAAUCAUAGAGAAAACGAGCGGCAAUUUGCGCCACGUAGAUUCAAACGAGGAGCCAUUAUAUUCAUCGGUAAUGAGUAACUCACCUAGAACGUUGGUUGACGAUUAUGCGACGAUGGACGAUGUCGUUGGUGGAUGUCGCGAGCAGUCACACGAUCAAGUUAGUACCUUCCGAAGUCAGACGAAUGGAACGAGAGAUUUACGGGUGAACGAAUAUUCAAAGGGUGUAAUGCCUGAGGGUAGAAGGACGAAGGAGAUAUACGAGCACAAGGCGAGUAUUAGCGAGGUUAACGGUACCGGAAGAAUAAUAUCGAGCGACGUGGUUUCCGGCAAAAGGUUGUUGUCCCACAACGAUAGGAAGACAUCGAAAAGUUUUAAUCAACAUAAAAUGCCUAUGACUGUUGAUGUUCAUGGUGAAGAUGAUGAUGAUGAUGAUGAUGAUGAUGAUGAUGAUGAUGACGAUGAUGGCAUCAACGAUGAUAAUAUUAACGACGAAUAUGAAAAAUUCGUUAAUGGCCGUGAUACUAAGGACUCAUCGACUCCUAACAGACAUGAGGAUAUUCGUAAAAGGACCAAGGAGUUUAUACAUAAUCGAUAUAUUGACGAUUCUACAACGAUAGAUGCUAAAAUAAUGGAGGUUAAUGUCAGACCAAAGAACUACAGCACCGUUAGCCUUCCAAAUUACGACGAGUUGGACGUAGGUAGACACGCGACGAAAAGGACCAAGGGAAAUGGGGAAGAGAAGGACGAAGGGAUAAGGGAGAACGAGAAAAUAAGAUCGAGGAGACCCGUCAGGAGCAGCACGGGAUCUCUUCCGGUUGAAUCCUUCCUUCUACCUUUCUCACAGAAAACGAGUAUCCGAUUAGACGACUAUAUUCAACAUCAUGGAAGUACUGAGAAUCUAUCAGAGUAUCAGAUACCAGAUGGAAAGCUACCUUGCAGUGAUGCCAAUGCCAAGACUGAAUUCUUGAAGUACGAUCCGAGUAAAUUGGAGGAUUGGGACCUUGGUGACAUUGGUAAUUGCGAAUUGAACCACAGGCAGAGACCCCUUGAGCGUUCAGGUAUAUCAGAUCGUGACGUAGUAGAUUUUCAGCCGACACGUAAAAAUACGAACGAAUUGGAAAAGCCAAUGUCCUUUGGGAAACCAAUAGAGUUCGUUCAUGAGGAUUCUAAAAUUGAUGAGAAUCUACGAGAACGGGACAGAUACCCGCAAGAAGAAUCGAAAGAAAUACCGAAACCAGAUCGACCGUCAAUGUGCAGAGAAUCAUCAUUUUGCUUGAAUCAAAGCAAUCUUUUUUAUUCAGAUACAAUCGAGGACGUUUCAGGAUCAAAUAGAACGAUGGAAAAUUCAGAAGAUAUCGAUUUUCGUUCUAAUUCAAAGAGAAUGAUGAUAUUUGGUAGGAGUUUAUCGAACGAGAGCGAACCAAAUGAUCCCAAUGGGUUGUCUUGCGAAACGAAGGAAUUACGUCGAAGUGAUAAAAGUGAGAUAAUAGCUACGAUAUCGGAUGAUACGUUGAUAAAUUAUAAGGAUAAAUUAAUCGAAUAUGACGAGAGAGAUUUGAAAAUGAUGAAAACCCCACCGCCUAGUCCAGAAAAUAAAAUAAAAUCUGACAAUAUGUCCGAAAACGAACAUUUGACAUUAUUAAAGGAGGUUUUAAAGGAGGAAGCCGCCAACGCCGCUGCCGCCGCCGCUGAUGGUAGUAACUUUAGUUCGAUGACACCGAGUUUGACCGAAUUAGA